CAGGGCUCCGACUACGUAGAAACUAUCGACUGGCAGGAAAAGAACUUCCCCCAAGACCAGAGAGUCGAAAUGGUCACCUUCGAAGCAGAGGACAAUGUUCUGAGGGCCGACUACAUCAGGAAGGGUCCCAGCACUGGGCGGAGAGCAGAGAAAAGAGCUCAAUCACAUCAGGAGCCAGCUUUUUCCAAGCAGGAGCUUCGAGAGCGACGAAUUUGACUGGUCUCUGGCGUUGGACAAGGAGAUCUAUUACCAGUUCUACACGAAGAUGUCCACCGUCUGCCUCAAAAUCAGCGUCCUGGAGAUCUGGGGCUACAACUCUUCCGUCUACGAAAAGCUGACGGACCAGGAUGUCACCGAAGCCGUCAACGCAGCCAACAUGGCAACAACGUUUUCCUACCCAAUGAAUUUCACCGAAUUCCUGGGGAGUGUGACCCGGAAUGGCUCGGGUUAUGUGACAGCUGCUAAAACUGCCAUAGCCUAUUUGGUCAUGAGGGUCAAUCGGAGUGAGGUCACCUUGGGGGAGAGUGCCAGCCACGCCCGUUUGUCAGAGGAGGUUGACGCUGGCCUCUACAACUGGGAAGAAGCGUACUACAUUCAGCUGCUUUUGAACCAGUCAGAUCUUCUGCCGGGUUUGAAGCUCUUCCUGGAAUCCCAGCAGAGGAAUGACGCCUCGAGCAGAUGGCCAGGGCUCUUCGCCAUGCCGGGGUCGCCAUCACUGUCACUUCUAUCACAGAUUUUGGAGCUUUCUUCAUCGGUGCCACAACGGUCCUCCCCGCCCUGAGGUCAUUCUGCAUCUAUUCCGCCGUGGGGAUCGCCAGUCUCUACGCCCUGCAACUCCCCUUCUUCUUCUUCCCGUGGUUCGCCCUG